AUUUUAACUGGAUAUUUUGGAGGUGCGGACGGCAGGAUAAUCAGACGUCCUCACACGGGGAAUACUCGCCGACCACCGCCGGACCGAGUUCGAACCCACGUUGAAGGCAAAAAAGACAUGACAACCCCAGUUAUCCCGCUUCUGCCAUUUAACCCACCUAACUAUGACAUGCAACAAAGAGAGUCAAGGAAGUUGCCGCCAGUUACCAUGACGACAGCUAUUAUUGUGGGCUGCAUCAUCACAUCUUGCGUCCUGAUAGCAGUGCUUGUAGCCGCCAUACUCAAACAAAAACGAUCUAGGAAUCAGAGGAGUGGUAAAAUUUCAACUACCAAGGGAGACAACUCUGUUGGGAACACUGAGAAGUCAUUGGUCGACGCCGACAUAUAUUCUGAGAUUGAACCUAAAGGCUCGUCUUGCUGCUUCUGCUUAUGUAAGACGUCGAAGUAUGCAAUGUCGCCGAACGACAACGCAGACAACAUCUAUGCCGAGGUUCAAGACGUGAAGCCCUACCCAACCCCGGCCCCUGCGAAAGAGGUCAUAUACGAAACUCUUGAUGGCAAGGAAUGGUCACGAUCGAGACAAAGUUCUGACACUUCCAAAGAGGAAUCUAAACCUGCGCCCUGCAUUUAUGACCAUUUGAGUUUCCAGGAACUGGAGAGACUGAACAGGGAGAACAGGGAUUUGGAUACUGAAAAGAAAACAAUGAAAAAAGUUGAUCAACCGUCGUGUGGAUAUGACCGAUUGGACAGAAGUCCUCAGAAUCUGUCUGCAUCCGAUAGUCUGGACAAUCCGGACGGUAACAACAACAGCUUGGUCCGACGUCUCAGUCAGAAACAGAUUCUCAAAAAGCUGUUCACUGUCGACAUGGAAAGCAUACAACGCUGCAGACUUUCACCUACGGGCAGUCCAGCUCAUUCCGAGACAGAAACCGGACCAGCAGUUGGCCAUGAGUACUUUGUCCUUGAAGAUGUCUGUGAGCUACGCAACGACCGACGCCACAAGCCACCUGUUCCCAUUCGGACGUUCUCCCUCAGGUCCUCCCUAGACGGGGACAGGUACGUCAGCACACAUCGAGGGCGUGGUCACGGGGACGUGGAAAAUGGAAGAAGGGUCAGAUCUUUUCCGGAACGUCAGGGCGACUUUCGUUCCAAUGAUACUCCUGACGCAAUCAGCGUGGUUUCUUCAGAAGCUGUGUACAAUAUUUCAAGUGGAAAUGCUCUGAGAUUCAGCUCCAAUUCCAGUCCCUUGGAAGCUGGUGUUAGUUUAAGGAAUCCAAGAAAUGACUACUUUGUAAUAGAUCCAACGUUUACAAACUGCUCUUCGUCUUCCAGAAGCUUCACUUCUCAAAACGACAGCCAGUCCUGUGACCAGGACAACCUCUCGACGGUGUCUAGCCGUCUGCCCAGAAAUGACUAUUUUGUGCUUGAAUCUGAAACAGAGCGGACAGUUUCAGGAGGAGCGACGUUUCGUAUUGUAGAAGACGAUGCAGCUUCUAGGGAUGGUGUUCGUCGUCCCGGUGUUUCAAUAGGGCAGGGUACAAUGCAAGGACAGAGCGAUAGUUAUGGAGUAACAGUUGUCAGAUUACUAGAUUCCGGAAAUGACGUCACAUCUCGUGACAGUGAGGAGAGCUUAUACGACAGGCUCCGAUUUAAAUCUGUUUCCCACAAAAGCAAAAAGGAGUAUCGGCCAAGAUUAUUAUCAACCCCAAACAAGAUUGAGUUUUGAAAAACAACCUGGGCCUGGUGUGAUUUUAAAGCUCUUCGAACACAUCUAUCAGCAAGCUGCCACUAACUUUCAAGGUCAUCAUGGCCAAAGGCCGGGAUGUACCGCGCUAUACCAUCUGACGUUGGAUUUACAUGUCAUGAAUAUAUGCAAAUCCUAUAAUCUGUAAAUAAGUACAAGACAAUUCCGUUGAAUUUACCCUUGAGUUAAACGACUUACCUUUGAACGUUUGGUUUUUAUAUGUCUUUUUAUUUUGUUUUUGUAUUUUUGCAUUCAUAUUAUUUUCACCGCCGUUUUCCUUUUACGCCGAGUGGACUCUGUUACGACUGAUAAUCUUAACUGACAUUGGCAUCACAUGCGUGGUGCUUUGUCCACAUUUUUGUGCAUUGGUGGCUCAGCAAGCUAAAAGCCAUGGCUCAGAGUUGAGGCAUAUGGUAUUGUCAUGUGUACUCAUACUCGUAUGUUUAUUCCUUUGUUUGCUGUUAUGCAUUUUAUUGCUACUAAAACGCAUACGUACUCCAUUUCAGUACAUGUUUCUAUUCGAAGAUUCUGAGUGACAAAACUACGUAAAACUGUAUGAUAAUAUAAAGGAGAUGCCUGCAACAUUCCAGUCUUCAGCUUUCCUCUGAUGCUGAGCGAUAUUCCAGCAGCUGCAUUUUAAGUUACAACCGAGCAUGCUCUUCUCAAUGAAGGUUUCAAAAUGCGGCAUACGGAUCUUGCUCAAAAGUUGUUUCAUCAAGGUGCCAGCCGCAUUGAAGGCCUCAACAAAGCUUUCAAAAGAUGUCAUGGUAGUUAUGUGGAUAUCAUUUCCAAAUUAGUCGCAUCAGUGACAAACGUGAUCUUCCCUGUUUUGACUUGUACUAUAUGCUUACAUAUUUGUUUCUGUUGACUACUUGCCUUGCCUUCCCAUGUGUUUUUUUAUGAGGAUCACUGGUUGUACUGGUAUCGUCGGUAUUUGGUAAUGAUUCAUAAACACAUGCUCCAGUUUGAAUCUCCUUCUAAAUAACUCGUUUACGCUUUAGAAUUUAAGUUCUUUAAUGUGAAAGCAAAUGAGCCAUAGCUGAAACUCGCUAGCAAAAAUGGCGCGUGGCAAUAUUGCUCUUCCUAAUUGUCUACCCUUGUUGUUCAUUUCUACAUACGAAAGAACUAUUCCUAUUGUUCUACUGUGUCCCAAUAAAUUAUUUUUCACAAAAGAA